AUGCAGAAACAUGCGUCAAGAUACUGGGCUUCGAUGGAGAUGUGGAACGACCCAAUUGAGGCGAUUGACAAGUAUCCCAUAUUUUUGUUUGAACAGUGUUGAGCUCGAACUUUUGAGCUCUGGCAAGGCGCCAAACGUCAAAUACACCGAAAACGUCAAUGUAUGGAUGGUCGGGAGUUGCCGAUCGGCUGGGGUUCCUGUUGAAGAGACGAUGAGAAGAGAGAGAACAGGGGGCGUCGGGAAGCGCGUAACAUGUGAGUCGCACAGAUAAUGUCCAUGUCACUUGUCUGUCAGAUAUCGAUCGGAGUUCUCAUACCGUUCCUCCGAGUUUUGCUCUAGUCCAACCCAACAAUUCUUUCCCGAUUAGUGUCUGUAGAAAGCGAUAUAGAAGAUAUCACAACGAUGAUCUAGACAAUUCAAAAAUUUUUUCGAUGCUAUUUACCAAAAAAUUAAUUUUUUGUGAAAAGGGUUCAUGUUCAUAACGAAACGCAUUACUUUUUCAGAACUGCAAAUCGAGAGUCUCAAAGUUGAACGAGUUAUUUUACGACGUUGGAACAACAUUUUCUCGUCGAACUGUAGUGGCGUCGAAGUUGUCUCAAAGGGAAAAAAUACGAAAAUUCUGUGAAGUCGAAAUUUCUGUGUUUUCUACAGCAGUCAGAGCCAAAAAAGUUUAGUGACCAACGAGAUUUUUCGCAGAUUAAGCACACGAUGUACGGCAGUAUUAAGCUAUAUACGAACAAUUUUCUUGAGAAUAGUUCACUACUGAUAGGCAUUAACUCAAUUUGUGUAAAAAUAAACCAAUCUCUAACGGUGAUUCUGCAAAUCAAUAAAAUGAAUGAAGAUCAUGUUUCAGCAUUGCCAUUACGAACACAGAAAUUAUAAUAGGUAGUGCAUGAUUGAAGACAUUGUGGUUUUUUCGGUUCAGUAGGGUUCCAAAACAAAAGUUCUCAGGUGCCCUCGAAACUCUAACAAAGCGCGCGCUGCAGUUUGCGCCGAGAAUAAACUGUCUUGCAGUGUAAUCUUAUAUCUGAUGACUUUCAAAGCACAAGUCUACGAUGAACGCGCUGCGGUGCAGCAAAAGUUGAUGAAACGCGCGCAAUUCGGGUCAUUUGAGAAGAUGAGACGAAAAGUGUUGGCAGAGAUCAUUAAGACAAGGUUGGAACGCUAUUCAAAACAAAUAAACGAAAAAAAAGAUUUCUGUUUUCCAAUUUUUAGGAUGCAAAAUCAUGAAGUAGUCCCAAUUUUCGGCUCAUGCUUUUUUUUGUAAAAUUUCAAAAACAGUCAUGUUUUGCUCGGAUUGAACGAGUUGGAAGAAAAUAACAUGCGGCUUGCGAUUAUCCAGAAAUCGAGAAAAUAACUAGUGCAAGAACUAGAAAAGUGCAAAGUUAAAGUAAGACUAGGGAACCGACAAUAACUUUGAAAAAACGUCGUCAUGAAGCAUAUUCAAGGAAAUUUUCAAUGCUCUUUUGAUGAUAGGACAAAUAGGUAACCGUGCAAAACUUCACAUCGAAAUUCUGUUCAAUGGCAAGUUUUGAGUAUAAGUUGUCGGAAGAAGCCUUCGGAAUUUUUUUCUUUUGAACUGAAAUAGAAAAUUAUCGUGGUACCAGUUCCUAAGUGCGGUAAACUUUUUGAGAGCAACGAUUCUGCCUUCUGGACUCGCAGCUGGCGACGGUUGUUUUCGAACGGACGUGCCCAAAGGACACAACCCCCGCAGGUGCACGGAGUUCACAACUCGUACGCGUCGAAGUCCCACUGUUUUCAGUCGACUGCUACGUCCCUUCAUAUGA